CAUUCCUUGAAUUUUUCCCCUUUUUUCUAACUGAUAUGAACACAAAUAUUGUGUAUUAUGUGCCUGGGGUAUUAAAGUAUAUAUUAUUUAUGUAUUAUACAGCUUUUUGUUUGAUGCAUCUGUAGGGACAGAACUCAUUUUGUGCAUGUUGUCAAAUGUAUAUUUGAAUUAUAUUUCUGUGAGUGUUGCAUUGUUUUAACUUUCAUGUAACUGUUCACACACUAAGGAUGCCCUCAAAAGCUCCAGUUGUAUUGACACACCUUCUCCAGCGAGAUUUGCCUCAAGGAGAAAUGGUGAUGGUUAUGUGGACCAAUUAUUUACCUGUGGGUAGAAAAGCCAUAGGGUGCAUGGCUGUGUACUGCACAGUUAUGAUUAAAUUUGCAGCACAAGAGGAAAUCAUAGUUAGCCUUUGUGGAACUGCAAAGUUUGAGACAUCUUUUGUUUAUUUGGUCAAUUUUUUCUUGUACUUUUUGACAUAUGUGUCAUACACUGCCUUUCUCAGAUCAGUUCUAAAGAAUGGGCCUUGCCAAAACUUCUUUUCUAACCAUUUUUUGAUGUUUUUUUCUUUUCAAAUGUACAUUUUAUUUUUGCUGCUUCUUUCAUUCAAAUCCAUGGGAGAAUUUGCACUUAGCUGUAUAGGCAUAACUGUAUAUUUAGGGGACCAAGCUUGGAACGCUAUUGUUUUUGUUAGGUUUUUUUUUUUGUUCUUGUUCUUAUUAUUGUUGUUCUUCUUCUUCACUAAAACUGAUAGUGCAGACCAAAUCAUAGGUCCUACAGGCAUGAAACUGGGUAGGACGUUCUACUCCCUCCUGCUACUCAGGCAAGAGAGAUGAGCCCAAUUGGCCUAAUGGUGAUGCUAUAGCGAAGUGUUUUACUUUUUCCCUCGUAUCUCUGAUACUGAAUGACCUCGUGUUCUCUGAACAUAAAAGCUCCAUCCAGAUAGAUUUUUUUGUUAAUUUGCAUAAUAUGCCAAACCUACUUUUGAGAAUUUGUCCUAGGAUUUUUUUUCCUAUCUUCACAAUUUUGGUGUCAAACCACUCAUCAGAGUGAGACUCAAUAAUUAUCAAAAGCAUGUUGACAUUUGUAAACAAUAUGGCUGCCACAUCAAUCAAUUCAAAUGAGGCAAAGCCUAAUUUACUUUAUCAUUGAAAUAUUGCCACCAAAUUUGGUAGUUAGGUCCCAUAUCCCACCCUCUACCCAAGCAAAUGAAAGAGCCAUACCCAGCAGAAGGGGGCACUAUAAUAAAUGAAUUUAGCUUUUUGGUUUAUAUCUUCACAAAUGUAGGAAAUAGAGUAAAAUGUGUUAUAUCAGCAGAAUUCCUUGGUCUGCCUUCAUCUUUUAUGGUUUAAUUACUUUUUUAGCUGAUAUACUUUCUGCUGAGGCACACAGAUGGUAGGGUCAGAAUUUGGUGCCAACAGUAUUAAUCUAUGGACCCAGCCUGCCUUGUGUCAACAGUCUGGUGGAGGUGGUGUAAUGGUGUGGGGAAUGUUUCCUUGGCACACUUUUGGUCCGUUAAUACCAAUCAUCGCUUGAAUACCACAGACUGUUUGGGUAUUAUUGCUGACCAUGUGCAUCCCUUCAUGGCUACAGUUUGGGCACUAACCCCUAACCUGUCCCCAAAAUCUGCACUUGCACCUGCUCUUACACCUCUACUCUCUGCAUUUUGCUCCUCUAGCACUCGAUUAAAAAUCUUGUAUGGUAGCACUACUUACAUUGUAUGUAUAUUAUGUAUUUCCUCAUUUGUAAGUCGCUUUGGAUGAAAGCAUCUGCUAAAUGAAUAAAUGUAAAUGUUUAAAGGGGCUGGGGUACCUUUAAGUGGACUUGACUGGAUUGACCAAUCAGAACGCACCAUUCACGAGCACUGAACUCAGCGCUACUCUGAGAGAAUCCUAGACUUCAAGAACAGCCGAGUGCGGAGUUCAUGUUCGUUAUGUUUAUUUAGUUGGUUGGUUAGUUUACUUGCCUUCAGUAAAGUAUAUUGUUCGUGUAUAUUACCACGGCUAUGAAUGAAGGCAGAAUAGAAUCUGAUGAACUGAGGGAGAUUUUUCUCCUGCUGACUCAUUCAUCCCAGACCCAAUCACCUGCUUCUAACAGUUUUAGUCCUGACACUGAUGACAGUCCUCACAUCCCAUUGUCUGACCGGUUUGAACUCCUUUUGGAGUUGGCCUUCCUCUCUCUACAGCUGAAAGAGCAGUUCAUAGCUGAGGAAUGUGUAAAGGAGCUAAAGAUCAUUGAUGGCACUGCUGUGGGGCAGCAUAUCAUGGUGGAGUGUGUUGCGUGUGAACUGGCCUUUAGUAAACAGAGCAUUGAGGACUACACCAAAAGCAGUGUGGAGGCCCAGUUAAGCAUAGUAAGCCGUUUGGAAGCAUUGCUCCUCAGGGCAGUGAGAGAGGGAGAUGCUCAGGUGACGCAGAGUGUGUGUGCUGCUCUGUGGAACAGCUGCUUACCUCUCCUCCAGCAUAGUCUCCGGAAGAACCUCAAAAGCCCUCUGCUCACUCUCUCACAAGCCCUAGAAAACAUCAAUAGCAUGUCGUUGGACAUGCGAUGUCAGAUCCAUGCUGAGCUGGCUGCUGUAGAGGAGGAAGCGGAGAGGUUGGAGCCUGCAGUACAACACCUCCAUGCAGCCCUGGGCCUGGAUGAGAGUGGCCAGUUCCAACAGCGUCUAUCCUUCUCCCUUCACCUCCUUCAGCUGCGCAGCAAACCUUACAGCACUCCUACACGCCCAGAGGACCAGGCAGCCAUGCUCAUUCAACAGACAAAAGAGCGGGUUGGUGAUGAGCCAGCAAAGAAAUGGCGCCCCACACUGGUUAGUGCUGGUAUUGCUUUGGCACCUGACACCUUCCAGAUGGUCCUAGAUGCAGACAGCACAGCUAAAGGUAGCAGACUACAGGACAAUGUGGAGCAACUUGCUGCUAAGGCCAAGCACUACAGGACCUGUGUACAAAAAGCAGAAUGUCAUCUUGCCAGGCUGGAGAGAGACACCAAUGACAGAGAGAGGAUGAGACUAUGGGCAUCCCUAGUCAAGGCUGCACGGAAACAGGAGUUGUGGGAUGUGUGCAGGGCAGCUUGCCGCUUCUGUCUGCUUUAUGAUGACAAGAGAUGGAAAAUCGAGUGUAAACAGAUGUACAAAGAAGAGAGUGGAGAGCGAGAGCUGCUGCGUCUGCUGACUGAGGUCCACUUUAUCAAUGCUGAGGCAACUAUUCAUAAACUCCGCUCUGAGGGAGUAGAACUCAAUGACUCACCUGUCCCGCCUGCUAAGAGAGGAGUGUCCACACUUGAUAUCCACACUGAGAAUGACCCUCAGUGGACUCUUUACAGUGACUGGAUUCAAGAGAUGUCAGUCUAUGCUACGGGUAAUUUCCUGCGAGGAGCAGAACUCGGGGCAGAGCUGCAGGAGCCAUGGCUGGUGGUUAAUGCGGCCGUGUACCUGUGGAACUAUAAUAACCACAUUCUUGCCACAAAGGGGCAGGACAGGCUUGUACCCACAUUCAGCCAAUUGGUGGAGCUACUCAGACAGACAGGCCAUGCAGGGGAAGUGGUGCUGCUUGUCCUGUUGUGCGAUGCUGUGGCACAGGGUAUCAUCCAACCUUGGUGCGGGACAUCUGGACAGACCAGUCAGGAGGUAAAGCACCCUCAGGCUCAAGCUGACAACACUAAGAAAAAUGGAAAGAAAGGAAUGGAGAAAUCAGGCUCCACUCCUGCCAUUCCCCUGGAGGAAUCUGCUUUGCAGGACAUCAAGAAGGCUCUGCAGAUGUGUGACUAUGCUCUGCAUCUGUCCAAUGAGAAUGAUGAGACAGUGCCCAUCAUGGUUCGAAAGCAGCUUCUUAGCACAUGGGUAAAUACCAAAUGCCUGUUGCAACAGCAGAUCGGACAGAACCUCGACAUUGAUAAUGAGUGUAAAAACGAGGCAGUGAAGGCCAUGUCACGUGUACUGGUUGGAGUGGAGAUGAUGCGGUGUAAUACUAACCAUGGACUGAUGGAGUUCUCUGUGCCCAGUCUUACAAUGCUCGUGCAAAUAGCAUCUGACUGUAAAUGGUCUGAUCCUGUGGUGGAGCUUUAUGCAUGGUCUCAGCUUGCUCACUUUGCCCAUCGGAGCGCUGAUCAUGACCUUGUUAUGAUUUGCACCCAGAAUGCACUUCAGCUGGAUCAGACUGCCAUCCAUAAGGCAAAAAUCUCAGUGUGCAACCUGUACAGCGUGAAAGCAGUGCAGGAGCUGCUGAGCAGUGCUGCAUGUUUGAGAGGACUGAGCAUGCUUCAUAAGUCCUGUGGCCAUCCUGCCAAGUACACAGAGGCUCUUGCUGUGCUCCAGACUAGCAUCAGCUAUGCUGAACAGGCAGGUAGCUGGUCUCUCUGUGGGACUGCAGCAAGGCAUUACUGGAACUCAUGCCUCCCUCUCUUGGACACUCCUGAGCAGAGACAGCAGCUCCAAAAACCACUGGAGCUUAUUGUGAAGGCUCUAACCCGCACCUACCCUCAACCAGCCAGCGUGAGAAAUAGAGUAAUGAAUGCUCAGAAGGAAAGACAAACAGGAUCUGCAACCUCAGCACUGGACUCUAACAGUACAGCUGAAGGUGACCUGGCAGUGAGAGCAGCCAUGUACAAUGUGAUGUUCCAAAUCCAUGUAGACAAUGGUAAUUUGAGGAGUGGCCUGCAGGUCCUGGAUCAGGCCAUCAGAGAGAUGCCCCGCAGCCCUCACAGACUUAACCUCUAUAAGCAGCGGGUACUGGUGAAGGCUCAGCUAGGGGAGAGCAUUGAGCUGGACAUGCACAAGUUUGCAGAGUAUGGAGACGUGGCCUGUGCUAUGAUGUGGCAUCAUGUGGCUCUGUCUACCAGAGACACACAGCAAAAAAUGCACUGUUAUCAGAACGCAAUCGAUAAAUUACAUAGUGCUGAUAGUCAGUGGCAGAAGGUAGAUUUACUACUGGAAUUUGCAGAGUGGCUGUACUCUAAUAAUUUCCCUGUGACUGAUGCACAGCUGCAGACCCAGUUGGCCAUCGACAUUCUGCUCUCCUCUGGUUUGGACACCAGUCAGAGUGACAGGAACCGAGAGACCCCUGGUCAGGCAGAUGCCCCAGUCAGCAGUCCGUCUCAGCUGAGUGUACAGGCUCCAACUUCUGUGCCGACUCAAACUGAGCUGAAUGAUGUGCGCACUCUAGAUAUCCUGGUGCAAGCACACACACUAAUGGCUCUCAUGGAGUCCAGAGUAUCUGCCAAGCACCAGCAGUACCUGUUUCAAGCUUAUCACUAUGUUGUGAAGAUCUGGCAGGUGUCCAUGGAAACGGCUCAGGAAGUCAUCAAAGAUGUGUUAAAGAAUUCUGAUGUUCUGUCUCAGCCUGUGUUAGCAGAUAGCCCCAAAAAAGACAAGGAAAAAGAGAAAGAAAAAGAGAAAAGCUUAAAGUCUAAAGAGCCUUCAACCGUUCAGAAGAAGCCCAAGGUCCCAGGUUUGGACACAUCUUUUCCUUUAAGCCCAGAGAAAUGGGCUCAAUUUGAGUGCCCUGAAGAGUUUCGGCAGGCUUUCAAACAUGACCGUGGCCCUUGCUCCAUCAACAGCCACAGUAUCAGCAUGCAGAGCCGGACUUUCUUCUAUCUAGAUGUCCUGGUGAAAGAGCUGGAAUCCAUCUCUCUGACUCUGCUGACCCUACCUCCUUUGCAUCUGGCUGAGGUCAUUGCUCAUGAUCUCUCACUCAGCAAGAGCCAUUCUGACCUUUACCGCCUUAGGAUAGUGAAGACCUGUUGUGAACUGGGGCUUGACUCUACAUCACCCUACAAAGAAGCAUUACUGAGCUUUGCUCAUAUUCCUGAGGAUGAGCAAAUUUUAUGUCGAAAGACAGUUGCUCUCGAAAGGGAAAGAACAGGACCUCAUACAGAGGCUGAAGUGAACAAGACACAGGAGACAGCACCUCCUUGCAGUGUGUGGGGUGUAGCUAGAGGCAGCAUGUGCAGGAAGAGGCUGAGUGGAUGUGCUGUGCAGGAGCUGUGGCUGGACAAGGCUGCUGUGUGCAUCAGUAUGGGCCUGUACCAGCCUGCUAGAAGUCUGUUAGCUGAGGCUCACCUGGUGGCCAAUGAACUUGGAGACCAAACCACACUGGCUAAGAGUUUUUACCUGUUGGCUUUUCUGGCCAGUCAGGAGCAGCAGCUUGGCCAGGCUCUUGCUUUAUUGGAGCAGGCUCAGGAGAUUGGCGGGGAUGAGGACUUCUGGUACAACCUCAUUCGGUGCCUCUUGAACACCACAGCACAGCUUGAUGGAGAUGACGUUUACACACAGGUCUGUCAGAUCACAGACACAGCCCUAAGAGUCUUUAGGUCUGCUCAAGAGCAAAAACUGAAUCGAGGCCCAGUCCUCCACUUCUAUAUUGCGUCACUGCAGGCCAAAGGUGCAGUUCUGUGUCGUCAGUCUCUGAGGGUCACUUGUCCUGGUCACAGUGUUAGUGCUGAGACAAUGAAGAAGCUGAAUGCAGUGUGUGACACUCUGAAAGACAGUGCUGCAGCAUUACGCCAACAUGGCUAUAAGACCCAUGCUGCAGAGACGGCCCUAGAGCAGGCAAACACUCUGAGAAUGCUGGCCAUGCUCACUUCCAUAAAAGAAGAGAAACAGCAGCACUUGCUUGAUGCCCUCUCACUCACACAGCAGGCUGUAUCCCUUCAGGAGGAAGUACUUUCCAGUUGCCUCAGACUUCUCCCAACUCAAGAGGGUGGGUGGUGUAGGCUGCCUGCCAUGCGUGUGUCUGUGCGCUUUAGGCUAGCUCUGGCUGACCUUGGUUUGUUGAUUCUGGAGAUGCAAUGUGAGGUGGAGAAGGUCCAAGCAACAAUCCGGAGCAAGAUGAGUUCCACUGAGCGAGCUGUGGAUGACUAUAUGAGGAGCAGCUUAGACCUUAAUGCUCUACAGAGGGAAUGGCUAACCAUAGGUCAGUCUGUGGGUCAGCUGACCUUUACCCAGCUGACUGUGGUCCAGUCUCUCAUGAAGGACUGUGUUGAAACCAGAGUACAGACGCUUGGCAUGCUGGGAAAGUGCUUGAGGCUGUUAGCGCUGCAGAGAGAUCCACUCUACCCCACCUCUGUGUGGGACAAACCAACCAUGGUGGAAAACGGAGCAGAGGGAAAGGAAAAGGAAGAUGAAAAAGAGGAGAGUAGCAGAGUAGCGGAAGGGCGCGUAACACGGAGACAAAACACUAUUAAAAGUGACGAAGUGCAGAACAACAGAAAGGCUGUGCAGCAGAUGUUGGUGCAGGCCAGUGAAACUCUAACUGAGGCUUUGAGUCUUGGGCUGCAGCAAAACCUGCCUGAGCUGCUCUCACAUAUCUGCGAGGAGCUGCUGGAGUCUCACAGCCAGUAUGACCCAGCUGCCUUAGGCCAAUACCUCGCACUGCUACAGAGCUGUGUGUGCUGUACUGAGAUGUCCAGAGUGUUAGGUGCUGCCUGUUGGGACAGCAGGCAGUCUCAGGUGGCUGCUCUUCUGGGUCUACAGAAAAGAGUGAAGUUCUCUCAACCCAGCCGCAGCAGCCUGAUUUCAGCCAUUGACCACUCACUCCACAUACUGUCCAAGGCCUACCAGCACCUGAUUAUAAACCCUAACCACAUGAGCUUCCUGGGAGAACUGCCACCAAAUCUCAAAAUCCUGCUGUUGCAGCAUACUAAAGAUGGUUCAGUGCUGUAUGGGGCUUUUUAUGAAAAAUCAAAAUCCACUGAAAGUCAGAAAGUUAAGAGUAUGCAGACAACAGGUGGGUUAGUGUGCUCCAGAAUGGCCAAGGCCCGGGUGCAGCCUUCUGUCCUGCUCCAACUCCAAGAUCAAGCCCAAGCCUUUCGACAAUUCGCUGCACAAACCAUGAUCAGAGAGUCCUGCUGGCUCAGAAAUGCUAUGCAGACUGAGGAUUACACACAGCUGAAACACAACACAGACCAAGAGUUAAGGGAGCAUUUUCAAGCUGUAGUUAAAGGAAUGGAGGACUAUCUGCAUCCUAUCCUCUCUCAGUUUGACUUCUCAUGUUUAAGCCAGUGCCCUCAAUCAAUAGUCAUCGACGAGGCAACCCGGCCCAAAGAUAAAGAAGAGCAAGAGGCUACAGAUAAAGCUUUGCCUGAGUAUGGCGAGUGUGUAGUGGUGUUAGCAGACACUAUGUUGCUGGAGUUGCCAUUAGAAGCUCUCACUGUUCUGCAGGGAAGUGGAAUCAGCUCCAUCUCACGGGAUUUCUCCUUGCAGGUCUUUCACACACGUCUCCACAGAGACGAGCAAGUUGAAAGUGACAACAAAAAAGAGAGAAAAAGUGCAACGGCAGCUAAAGGAAAAGGAGAUCAAAGCAAAGCCAUCAAAGUGGCACCCGUGAACCGUGUCUUACCUGCCCACACUCUUUCAGUGGACUCGCACAAGUUCAAAUAUAUUGUUGAUCCACACAGUGAUGGGGGAGAUAGCAGGAGCAGUCCACCAGAGACCAUGAGAAAGAUUCUAGACAUGUACUCAGAACAGUUCACAGCUCACUGGGAAGGAGUCAUAGGAAGUGAGCAGCCCUGCAGUCCUCAAGAUGUGGAGCAUCUGCUGACUAACUGCAGUUCCUUUAUCUUCUACGGUCGAGAACCCCUUUUCACCCACAUCUCUCCUGACAGACUGGCCAACAUCAAUCUGAGUGAAUGCCAGUUGGCUAUCAUCCUUGGCUUGGUUCAUAACAGCCCUAGUAUGUGGCAUCAGUCUCAACGGGAUAUUCAGAAGAGUAAGACCCACCUUCCUCUGGAGACUCCUUUAGAGUGUGUUCUUCUGCUCACCCUCAGUGGAGUUCACUCCAUAAUGCUCAACCAGUGGUCCAGCAGCACCAAGACUAAUGCACACACCUUGGAAGCUACCUUGGAAAAUCUCCUGAAAACAGGACUGACAUCUGGUCAGGCUGUCCAUACUUUGAGAGCAUCUUUGGCCCAGAGAGAGCCUGAAUGUGCUCGGAAUGAGGAUGCUGUACCAGGCUGGAAUUCACCCUCUGCUUUCAACUUCAUCAUCUAUGGAUUACCUAAUUUAAUUGUUAUCUGAACGCAUGGGACAUUUUCACAUACACCAUUGCAAAGAAUGUUGAAAAUAAUUCAGUAAUAUUACUGUCCCAUGCUCAAAUAUUGACAGAUAUCAUACCUAAUACCUACUUGAAGCAGUAACAAUGUCCUGGAUUGUUUAGCUUUUUUCUAUGUUUAACAUAAUACAACCUGCUGUCUGUUUUAUUGCUCUUAAUAAAAAUUCAUUUACAAUAGGCUUUGGCUCCACACAACACUGGAGGAAGUGAAAACAUUUAUUUUAAGUGCCUAUGUCCUGUCCAAGGGGUUCUAGGAGAUGCUUGGGCUGGUUGAAUUUAAAGGAAUAAAGACGUUUACAUAUGGAUUUACUACAUUUGUUUAAAAAAGAUGGGUUUGUUGCUGUGGUCUGGAAGCAUGUGGGUUAUAAUGUUACCCCUCUCAAUAAAAUCAAGUAUUAAUUAGCCAUUUAGUAUAAAAGAUUAAGAACUUUUUCACCUUCCAGCACAAUAAUCACCAAAACAUGAAUCCAAGUCAGCAAAGGAAUGGCUUUAGAAGAAGGAGAUCAACAUCUUGGAAUGGCCCAGUCAGAGCCCAGGUCUAAAUCCUAUUAAAAACCCAUGCACAGGAGGUUUUUCGCUUGUAAUUUGAUCUGGAGCAUUUUGCUAAGAAGAGUGGUAUAAAAUUGCCAAUCAAGAUGUGCAUAGUUGGUAGGCUCUUAUCCAAAAGACG